ACGCGCGCUCAGCGAAAACAGCUGCGUUUGUAUUAGUUUUUCUCGGGAACUUUGUUUUGCAAAUGUUUUUCGUCUUUUAAAUGUCAAUAACUUUCCCAGGAAGCGAUCGCCGCCACCAUGGAGGAUGUGUUCAAGCAGAAAUACCAAAAGUACAAGCUCCGCGUCAAGUUGUGGGAAAAGGAUUUCAAGAAGAAAAACGGACGAGUGCCCUCAAAGUAUGAUAUACGGGAGGCCAGCCAGGAGAUUCGGGACUCGUACAAGAUGUACUACAAGCUGAAAACCUCCUUUCUGGAGGAGACGCUCAACGAUGUGCUCUGUGACGAGGAUGGCUACGACGUUCUGGAGAUGUCGCAGGCCAGCGAGCUGGGCGUAAGCCUGCUGGAUCAGGACCAGAACCAGGACCUCAGUGUGAAUGGUGGCCCCCAACUGCCGCUGGACAUAGCUGCGCUGGUGGAGCCACAGGCGGGCGGUGUCUUCUCCAAUCUCCAGGAUCUACCCAAUGCUCAGGCACUUACCAAUCUGGCCAAUCGGGACGAGAACCAUGUUAUCCGCCAGUUUGAGGCGGUGGAGGAGCUGCCCAUCAACCGUAAGGCCUGGGGAGCCAAUGUGAGCUUGAAGCCAGCACAACCACUGGAGGCUUCCCUCUCCGCUCCGCUGCUGAAGGCUGGUGCCGCCACCGCCGCCGCCAGUCUCAAGCCCAGUUUGAGUGCCAAGCUCUUCCAGUCCACGCGAGGAUUUGCCAAGCGUAAUCCCCGCAAGCCGCUCUCGCAUAGCUCCCUCAAUGCCUCUAGCACUUCCAACUCCUCCCUCAACCAGGUGAAGGACAAAGAUAUGGCCGAGGAGCUGCCCGAUUUCGAAACCAUAUUGCUGAGAAAAGCCCAGGAAUACAAGGAGAAGGAGCUAUUAAUGGCCAGCAAUCCUUUGCCCAAGGAGGCCAUCAAAACGCAGGUGGACGAAGGCUGGCUGCAGCGCAACACCAAGGAAAACGCUUUAGAGGCGGUGACCACCACCACAUCAGCGGAACCUAACAACAAUGCUGCUGCUGCUCCCAAGAAGACCAACUUUGGGCUGGCCAAUCUGGAUUUGAGCAAACUGCAACCCACUGUCAAGGAGGAGGAGAGGAAGGUGGAGGAGAAGAAGGUGGAGCCAAUGAUGGCAUCUGUUCCUACACCCACUCCCAUUAGCCGAAAUACUCCUCCUGUUGAGCAGCCCACCGAUUCCGACUCCGAUUCUGUAGUGGCUGAAAGCGAAGAGGAACCGGAGCCACAGGAGUACCGUCAGCUGGCCAAGCGACGCAGGAUUCUACCCACAGUCCCAGGAGAAGCCACAGAAGUAGUAGCUGAACCCAAACCUGAGACAGUGCCCCCCGAAGAUUUAGAUUUCUCCGCCGAUGAGGAGGCUGAUGAUGCCACCUACGCGCCACCAAAGGUGAAAAAGGAAAAGGCCAAGCGCAAACAGGCGGCAGGAAAGAGGCAAACAGCCAAGCCCAAGGCGGAAGUCAAUCCUCAGAAGAAACCCAAAGAGAAAGCGGAAAAGAAACCCAAAAUCAAAGCGGAGAAGAAGCCCAGGAACACCAAGAAGACCUCUGCUUCUGCUCAAACCGCUUCAGAACCCCCCGAAGAUGAAGAGGACCAAGCACAACCCUUAAAUCCCGAAGAUCUCAAGUAUGUUCUAGCUCUUGAGGCGGGCGACAUCACCUCCGUGCCACGCAUUAAUUCGCAGGAACUAGAGAAAGCCGAUGCCACCGCUCAGCGUUAUAUAAACACCUUUACGACGGCUCCUUUGGCAGGAACAAGUGGAGGAGGUUCCUCCAUGCAAGUGGACGAAAAGCGAUUGGCUGCCCGUAAGAAAAUGGAGGAGCGCAUAGCUGCUGGGAAAUUGAAUGAGAAUUUCGUGACAAUAAACAUUCAAAAGAAGAAAUUUUCCCGCGGCAAGAAGACGGUGAACUUCAGCAAGUACAAGAAACAGCAGUGGCGGCACAAGAAGCGAGUGGCUGCCCUGAGUGGCCCCGACAUGGACAUGGGCGGCUGUGAUGGCGGCGUUCUCACCUGCUUCCAAUGCGGCGGCGUGGGACACUUUGCCCAGCAGUGUAAGGUUAAGGGCGACAGUUUACUGCCGCUAUCCGCUCAACUGGAGGAGGAUCCCUCGCCCUUUCCCACGUUGGCUGAGGUCCAGGAGAUGGCCAGCCAGGGUGCCAUAAUUGCACACAGUCGGAACAUUUCUAGGCUGCCCGAGGCGGCUAAUAAAGCCAUUUUGGAAAAAGAAAAGGAAACGGAUGAGGAGGAGGUGGAGGAUGAGGAUGAUGAGGAGGAUCAGCAGCAGCAUCCGGAUCCUGACUGGUCCAGCGAUGGUUCUGACAUUGAUUUCGAGGCUCUGGAUGCUGCCGUGGAAGCCUCGCUUCAGGAAAAGCCAGCCCAGCCAGUGUCUCCCAUUAAAACCUAUGUGGGCCACAAGAUUCCCGAGGAGUUCCUCAAGCAGGCUGGCCUAGACACCACCGCUGCCUCAUCCAAUCGCAGCCAGCAUGGCGGUGUUAGGCCUCUAUACGAUCUCCUGCCAGAUGGCACUGUCCAGGACACCACACCCGAGGUGCUGGAGACCCUGCACAUGUUCGGGCACAGCAACUUUAGGAAGGGUCAGGAUCGGGCCAUCAUGCGCACUCUCUCCGGUUUCUCCUCGCUGGUGACCCUCAGCACGGGCAGCGGCAAGUCUUUGUGUUAUCAGCUGCCUGCCUACCUCUACAGCCGCAAAUUGGGAGCCAUCACGCUGGUCAUAUCACCGUUGGUGUCCCUGAUGGAGGACCAGGUCACCGGUGUGCCACACUUCCUGCGCGCCCACUGCCUACACACGAACCAGACGCCGCAACAGCGAAUGAAGAUUCAGCAAAUGAUAGCAGAUGGAGAGAUUGACAUCCUGUUGGUCUCGCCGGAGGCUGUGGUUUCCGGCGAGCGGGCCACGGGUUUUGGUGCCAUUUUGAGGCAACUGCCGCCCAUUGCCUUUGCCUGCAUUGAUGAGGCGCAUUGCGUGUCCCAGUGGAGUCACAAUUUUCGGCCCAGCUAUCUGAUGAUCUGCAAGGUGCUGCGCAAGAAUCUGGGCGUGCACACGGUGCUGGGACUCACGGCCACCGCUACGCUGCCCACGCGGGUGAGCAUCAUCAGCCAUUUGGGCAUUGCUGACGGGGAGCGGGGAGUGAUCAGUGAUACCCCACUGCCGGAUAACCUGGUGUUGUCUGUGUCCAAGGAUGAGAAUCGAGAUGCGGCCCUGCUGAUGCUGUUGAACAGUGAACGCUUUGAGCCCUGCCAAUCCAUCAUUAUCUACUGCACGCGACGUGAUGAGUGCGAAAGGAUAGCUGGCUUUAUCAGGACCUGCGUGCAGGAUCGCCGGCAGCCCGCCCAGGAGCAGGGCAAAAAGCGCAAGCGUGUCAAUUGGCAGGCAGAACCUUACCAUGCGGGCAUGCCCGCCUCCAGACGACGCACCGUACAAAAAGCCUUUAUGGGCAAUGAGCUGCGCAUUGUGGUGGCCACCAUUGCCUUUGGCAUGGGCAUUAAUAAGCCUGAUAUACGUGCCGUUAUCCACUACAAUAUGCCGCGUAAUUUCGAGAGCUAUGUCCAGGAGAUAGGACGUGCAGGACGCGAUGGCCUCACCUCACAUUGCCAUCUCUUUUUGGACUCCAAGGGCGGUGACCAGAGUGAGCUGCGUCGUCAUGUCUACUCCAAUUCCAUUGAUCGUCAUGUGAUUCGCAAGCUGCUGCAAAAGGUCUUUGUGCCCUGCAGUUGCAACAAGGAAACAGUUUCUGUGGUGGUGCCCGAGGGCGAGGGUCCCAGGGAACAUGUGUGUCCUGGUCAUGAGAUUGGUUUCUCUGUGGAGAAAACCGUGGAGAUGCUAGACAUUCCGGCGGAGAAUAUAUCCACGCUGCUCUGCUACAUGGAGCUGGAUCCUCGCUGGUGCAUUAGCGUGCUCAGCUCGGCGUAUGUGAUGGCCAAGGUGAUAUCCUACGGUGGACCCAAGUACCUCAAGCACGCAGCCAAGGAAUGCCCCCCUCUGGCCAUGGCCAUUGCCUUGCAGAUCCGCAACAAGACCUUCAAGGAGGACGCCAACAUAAUAGAGUUUUCGGUGACUGAUAUAGCCGCCGGCAUUGGCUGGAACAGCGGCGUGGUCAAGUACCAACUAAAGGAUCUGGAAUGGGUGAAAAUUAAUGGCUUUCCCAAGCGAUCGCCCAUCACGGUUAGCUUCUACGAUCUGGGCUUCCGCAUCAAGGUGCCGGGUGACUUCACGGAAACGGAGAUUGAUGGGGCUUUGGAUACGCUGUACACGCGUUCCGUGAAGCAGGAACGCACACAGCUCAUCCAGUUGCAGUAUGUGGCCCAUGGCUUGGCGGCGGUGGCCUAUAGCUCCUGCAGCCAGUGCUGCAGUGCUGAUUUUCCGCAGGAUCGCGGCGAGCAGCUAAAGGCUAUAGUGCGUAAUUAUUUCCUUAAUGAUUAUCCGCAGGAUCUAGAGCUGGAAGUGGAGCCAAGCAAUGUGCCGGAUGAGAGCAUCACGGAUGAUGUGCACUCGCUGAUCAACAUGUAUCCGGACAAUACGUUCAGUGGCAGGAAUAUUGCUCGCAUUUUUCAUGGGAUUAGCAGUCCCAACUAUCCGGCCGUCAUCUGGGGACGCUGUAAAUAUUGGCGCGCCCAUGUCAAGGUCGAUUUCAAUCGAAUCCUUCAACUGGCCAACAUGGCAAUCAUCAAGAGGCGCACCUAAUAGAUCCCUGCGGAUGUUUGAUUUCUUUGCAAUUUCACCAGCGGAGAGUCAAAGUCUUUCCCGCGACCCCCUGGGAAACAGAGUACGUGAUCUGGUUCUGUUUCUCUGCCGCAUCUGGAAAUCGGACUGGGGGAUCUAGGAACAGCACUGAAAAACAAGGUAUUAAUUAUAAAACAAUAACAAUAAAAAAUUUACGAAAUUUAUAAUAAGA